AUGGCCUACCCAAACGAAUGCGAAGCCUUCGCAGACGCCCGCCGCCGCCGCCGCUCCUCCGGCCCCUCCCUCACACAAUGGCUCACGAACCUCUUCGCGCGCACCCCAAACAAAGCCCUCGCCGAAAAACGCGAACGCCUCCUCCCCACCACCCGCUCAUCCAGCCGCUCCCCCUCCACCACCGCCCGCUCCUCCCUCGACAUCGAGUCCCAACACUCCGACUCGAGCACCUUGAACGAGCUGGAGAGGGAGAAGAAGGCCGCUGCUGCUGCUGCGAAGAUCGAUCCGCGCACGGUGUCGGAUGCGAUUAUUGGGUUGAGUGAUGGGUUGACGGUGCCUUUUGCUCUGACGGCGGGGCUGUCGGCGUUGGGGAAUACGAAGGUAGUGAUUUUCGCGGGGUUGGCCGAGUUGACGGCGGGGGCGAUUUCGAUGGGGUUGGGGGGUUAUUUGGCGGCGAAGAGUGAGGAAGACGCAGGCACAGCAACACUGAACGAGACCCGUGCUUUGGUAUCAAGAGACCCAGCAGACGCCGCCUCGUCAAUCCGAGAGAUUCUGGAGCCCUACGAUCUUCCUUCGUAUUUGACGGAGGACCUCGCGACACAUUUGACCAAGUCGCCGAAUCUGGUGCAGUUCCUCAUGCACUUCCAGCACAACCAGCCCGAGCAAGAAGCCUCCCGAGCGUUGACUUGCGCCAUCACCAUAGCAUGUGGAUACUUUCUUGGCGGCUUCCUCCCACUGAUCCCUUACUUCCUGGUUGGUAAAGACCAAGUCAUGCUCGCAUUAUGGUGGUCUUUCGCCUUCAUGGCUGUCAGCCUGUUCACAUUCGGCUACAGCAAGACAUGCUUCAACAAUGGCUGGUACGGUCCUGAGAAUGUCUGGUCGGGAACCAAAGGGGGACUGCAGAUGAUCCUCGUCGGAGGCACGGCGGCCACCUGUGCUAUGAGCCUGGUCCGGUUCUUCGACUCUCUAGCAACUUGA